UUAUGCUCAUGGAUUUUUUUUAUAUAUCGAUAACGAUAUGCCGCCGUGUUGUUCGCAAUAUUACACCAGACUGGCGAAAAUGCGGGUUGUUUAAACGCAUUUAUUUGGUACUAAUUAUUUAAUACGUGUAGCUGAAGAAGUGAUUUGUCCACCAACGGUGCAGUGCUGAAGCCAAAACAAACACAUACUACGUUGAGAAGCGUUACAGGCCAAACUGCUCAGAGAGAGCAUUAAUCAAAUAAAACAACAUAUCUUAUGAUUGUAUUGUAACAUUUUAAUGUUAUAUAUAUAUCUGCCUUAUUUCAAAGGUUUCCUAGUAACUCUACACCGCUGCGUUUUCUGCGCGCAAACAAGCGCUCCCCAAGUGCAGCCCCGCCCCUCCCACUUCAGCUAAAGACUUGAAACCAACAACAUAUUUUGUGACGAAGUAGCAUUUUUCUCUCAAAGCGUCUCUUUUUUUUACUGCUUUUUCCAUCAGUAUGUAACCCAGGGCUCUAUCUUCGCUGGUAGUUUUCUGUCCCACGGCGACACUCCUCCCUCCUUCAGGUCUACCUUGUUGAAGCCAGGCCAAAAAAAGAAAGAAAAGAAAAUGGAUGUGUGAUCAGCUCAGACACAGAGAGGAGAGAGCAAGAACGAGGCUUCCUAUCGUCUGUUGCAGCCCCAGGAGCUGGAGCCUAGGGAGGGAAAGCCUGCAAGCGUACAAGUCGUGUCAUGAUGUUGGAUCCACAGGGGAAAGGAGCUACAGGUGAAGAGGGGGCCGUGCCAGAGGCCACAGCAGGACACAUGUCUGGUAAUACUCAACAGGUACAAGGUGGAGCGUCUGUGUCGUCGCCUGUGGCCUCUAUGCAGCCUCCUGCCACCACAGCAACUGAGGAUGAGGAUGAGAGUGAAGAUGAGUCGGAAAUCCUGGAAGAGAGUCCGUGUGGCCGCUGGCAGAAGCGCAGAGAGGAGGUGAAUCAGCGUAAUGUCCCGGGGAUAGAUGCUGCGUACUUGGCCAUGGACACAGAGGAAGGAGUAGAGGUCGUGUGGAAUGAAGUCAUGAUCUCAGAGAGGAAAAACUUCCAACAGCUGGAGGAGAAAGUUAAGGCAGUGUUUGAUAACCUGAUACAUUUGGAACACGCGAAUAUCGUCAAGUUUCACAAAUACUGGGCCGACACGAAGGAGAACCGGGCUAGGGUAAUUUUCAUUACUGAAUAUAUGUCAUCAGGAAGCUUGAAGCAGUUUCUAAAGAAGACAAAAAAGAAUCACAAAACCAUGAAUGAAAAGGCCUGGAAGAGAUGGUGCACACAGAUCCUGUCUGCUCUAAGUUAUCUUCACUCAUGUGACCCUUCCAUCAUCCAUGGCAACCUGACCUGUGACACCAUCUUCAUCCAACACAACGGGCUCAUCAAGAUCGGAUCAGUUGCCCCAGACACCAUCAACAACCACGUAAAGACGUGUCAUGAGGAGCAGAAGAACUUGCACUUCUUUGCCCCAGAAUAUGGAGCUGUUGAUGAUGUCACCACCGCUGUAGACAUCUACUCAUUUGGCAUGUGUGCCUUAGAGAUGGCACUCUUGGAAAUCCAGGGGAAUGGAGAGUCCUCUUAUGUUUCUCAGGAGGCCAUCAACAAUGCCAUACAAUUACUGGAGGACCCACUGCAGAGGGAGCUAAUCCAGAAGUGCCUCGAGUGUGACCCCAGUAUAAGGCCUACAGCCAGAGAGCUGCUGUUUAAUCAGGCUCUUUUUGAAGUACCGCUGCUAAAACUGCUGGCUGCACAUUGCAUUGUCAGUCACCAACAUAUGAUUCCCGAGAAUGCCCUGGAGGAGAUUACCAAGAACCUCGACCCCAACCUGGUCAUCGCUGAGACGAAAGAGGACGUUCAGCUAAAGCUUUCACAGUUCCCUGCAUUGGAGCUUGAUAAAUUCCUUGAGGAUGUGAGGAAUGGUAUUUAUCCAAUGACAGCAUUUGGGCUGCCUUGUCCUCAGCAACCUCAGCAGGAGGCUAUUAAAUCUCCCGUUGUUAUCCCUUUGGUCAAAUCUCCAACUCCCGAACCUGCAGAGCUCGAGACACGGCGGGUCAUUCAUAUGCAGUGUAAUAUUGAAUCUGUGGAGGAGGGAGCAAAGUAUCAUCUAACAUUACUGCUGAAACUGGAGGAUAAACUGAAUAGACAUCUAAGCUGUGACAUGUUACCUCAUGAGAAUGUUCAAGAGCUGGCUGGAGAGUUGGUGGAGCUGGGCUUAAUCAGUGAGGUGGACCAAAGCAAAAUAGCCUCUCUACUAGAAGAAACAUUCAGCCAAGCUCUUCACUAGUGACGGUUUCCUCAGUUUCCUCAAUGCACAUUACAUUCUCUUAACCCUGUUACACAUUCUUUUUGAUUACUUAACUCAGUGACUGUAUUUAGUUGUUUUUUUAUGUCUUUUCUACUAAGCCUUAGGUGUUAAUGUGACCAAAAGGGUUUGUUUUUCCUUUUGAAUUAGGGAUUCAAACUUCCUAAAGCACACUUUUUUUUUUUUUUAAACAUAAGGCCAAUUUUAGUUCAGGUGACUCCAAAGAAGCCACCUGGGGUGAUUUCACGUUUUUAUUUUAAAGGUAAAAACAUACAUAUGUAUAUGUGUGCAAUUCUUUUGAAUGGGUUGGCUACUAAGUUGGCUGUUAAGUGUGAUUAGAAGCUGAACCUCAUUGAUGCUGCAACAGAUACCAUUUUACAAAAGUAUUGACAAGAUUACAAGCAGCUUUACAUUGAAACCCACUUUUUCUCAAGCAUACAGUUGUAUUUUAGUGUGAGGUGUUUACAUUAUGAAUUGCCUAGCCUGUUUGUGUCGGGGAUGAAUCUAGACUGAUUCAGGUGAGGCAUGUAGGCCUUCACUGGAAUCUCACAAAUUACUCACUUCUCACUACUGUUGUACAUUUCUAAAUUUUGUACACCAGUUGAACACCAGCAAAACUAUAGCUUCCCUAGAGAUGAAGGGAUGAAUUUCUAUCCAAAGAAAUUUUUACAAAAUAAGCCAUUGUUUCUGGUUCCCUCUCUCAUUUGGCUUUUUUUUUUUUUUUUUUUUUGGCCUCAUUUGACGGAAGAUUCCCAGCUCUUUAAACUUUGUGAUGUGUUUAGACCAACCUUUCAUCUAAUAGUUUGAAAACUGGAUGGCAGAAAUGCUACUUUCACAUUGACUUUAUAAUAGACAAAUACCCACGAGUAAUAAUUUUAAAAAGCUGUUGAUACAGAGCAAAAUCUAUGUGCACCACUGCACAUCACAUUUUGGGCGGGCAUCAUGCCAAUUCCUUCUGGAAAAAUUGAUACCUGGUUACUUCAAGGUACUGUGAACUCAGUGUUACUGAAUUUCCGUUUGAGUGUUUGUUUUUAUAUUUUGCUCAACUCUUUGCCUUAUUCUGGGCCAACGCACAUGUUAUUUUCUCAUCUUGUUUGUUUUUAUUAUUUUUAUUCAUUGUUUUACUAUUUGCUGCUUGUUGGGUUCACACAUGCUAUAAUAGCUUUAGAGUUCAUUCAUGUGAGACUCGUGUACUCAACUUGGCUGCCAUAUGCUGUAGAAAGAGGACCUAGCCUUUGACACAUCUGCGUGAGAGCGUCCUAUAUUUUAUUUAUGUCACAGAAACUGUUUCUCUUUCUUAUUUCCCUUUUGUUUACUGUGAUUUCACAAAGACACCACAUAUGUAGAGAGUCUGAGCCAAUACACAACAUUUCUUAUUUCAGUUGUUAUUUUAUUUAUCUAAUAUCUAAUAAAACUGGGACCUAGUGGGUUGACGUUAUUUUUCAUAGCAGCUCAAAACAGAAUUUUACAUCAUACAGCUGUUUAUUUGGCAUGUGUUGAGAUCAGAGAGUCGUCUGUGUGACGAUUUGGCUCAGAACUUUUUGUGGACUGCUGGUACUACUGUGUCUGAAAGCUCAUAGAAUUCAGCAUCCUAAACAGGCAGAAAGAAUGCAGAGAAAAUCUAACAUUUUCAGUAUGACAAAACAACACUUAAGAUACUUUUGAAUGCAAUAAAUUGUAUUUUUCUAGCAUUUUAUUGAGAUUAUAUUUGAAGUAUCUUAUAAUCACAUUACUGGUUUAACUUUACUACUUCUGUAUGAUCUUGCAGACAGAGUUCCUCUGAUGCUGGUUUAAAGCUCUCACCUCAGUAGUGAGAUUAUUCUAAUCCAAUGAUCUCCACCCAUAUAUUUUUUUAAUAUUUUUGAAAUGUAUUCAGGCUAGUGUGCUCCAAACUGCUAUACAUCAUGUGUGUAGUCCUUCUUAACGCAUGGUUUACUUUAUUUUCCUCUGUUUGUGUGUCUAUGUGAACUCUUGAGAUUGUUUAUUCCAAAGAUGUGUUUUUAAAGUCAGCCAUGAGAAUGUAAGUGCACCACUUCUUGUCUAGAGAGGUGAUGAAAACCAACCAAUGUGAUCACCAGAGCACUGCUCGCUCUCUCCCUUUCUCUCUCCCCCUCUUUCUCUAUCUCUCUCUCCCCCUCUCUCUCUCUCUAUCUCUCUCUCUCACCCAAAGUAUUGGUGGUGUUGAAACUGGUUAUUAAAUAAUCAGUAAGUAAAUGUGUGUGUCUUAUCUGAGACGUGUAUCCUGAUCUGCAAAGUAUGACUGUCUUUCAAAUAAAUGGGUGAAAUGCA